UCAUAGGCUUGCGAUUGUUGAAGCAAGGGAAAGAACCUUCAUGGAUUCAACUGCUAAUUCCUUCAUAUUCCUUCCUCUUUUCCUUCUACCGCCUCUCUUCUGGCUCAUCCUAAAUUACAUCAAAAGUAGAAACCAAUCUCUUCCUCCCGGCCCAAAGCCAUGGCCGAUUGUUGGAAAUCUCCCACAAAUAGGAAGCAAGCCUCACGUUGCAUUAGCCCAACUAGCCCAAGAUUACGGCCCAUUGAUUUCCCUCCGGCUAGGGAGUCAACUUGUGGUUGUUGGGUCAACCCCGGCAGCAGCCACCGAAAUCCUCAAGACCCAUGAUCGGAUACUCUCCGGCCGGCACGUCCCACAUGUUUCAUACGCCAAGAGUCCCCUUAUGAACUAUGUUUCAGUCGGCUGGACUUAUGAGUGCACAGACCAAUGGAGGUUUUUACGUACACUUUGUAAAAGUGAAAUUCUGGGUGCAAAAGUGAUCGAAAACCAGUCCCAUUUGAGAGAGCAAAAGGCGAAUGAGUUGGUCCAGUUUUUGGUUUCAAAGGAAGGCCAGAGGAUCAAGAUUGCAGAAGUUGUAUUUGUUUCUGUAUUCAAUUUCUUGGGACAAAUUUUUUUCUCCAAGGACUUCAUAAGUUAUGAUGAGGUAGAAAAUGGUGGUGGAAUGAGCGAGCUUAUAAGGGAAGUCAUGGAGCUGUGGACAGCCCCAAAUAUAUCAGAUCUGUAUCCAGUUUUAGGUGGACUGGACCUCCAGAGAUUAAGCAAGAAGGCUAGUGUAUGUCACAACAAAAUCUGCAGUGCAUGGCAAGAGAUCAUUAGAGAGAGAAGAGGGAAGAAAUACCAAGAUUCAACGAGGCAGAAAGAUUUCUUGGAUGUGUUGCUUCAGAAUGAUUUCUCAGACGAUCAGAUUAAUUACUUGCACCUGGAACUAUUUGCUGCAGGGUCAGAUACUAGCACCUCCACGGUUGAAUGGGCGAUGGCCGAAUUAUUAAGGAAUCCCAAAUUCUUAGACAUGAUUCGGCAAGAACUUGAUCAGAUAGAAUUCUCAGGGGAAAAUGUGAUAAAGGAAUCAGGCUUAACCAGGCUUCCUUACCUACAAGCAUGCGUUAAAGAAAUCUUGAGAUUACACCCUCCCGCCCCAUUGCUUCUCCCCCGUCGUGCCACGGAAACAUGUCAAGUUAUGAACUACACUAUCCCAAUGGGGACUGAAGUUUUGGUGAACGUAUGGGCCAUUGGAAGAGAUCCCAACAUCUGGGAAGAUCCAUCAAGCUUCAAUCCAGAGAGGUUUCUCAGUCGUAACUUGGAUUUCAAAGGGAAUGACUUUGAAUUCUUGCCUUUUGGUGCUGGAAGGAGGAUGUGUCCUGGAUUGCCUAUGGCAGCUAGGCAAGUAUGCUUGACCUUGGCUUCUUUGAUUUACCAUUUUGAGUGGUCUCUCCCAGACAACAUGCUACCUCAACACAUGGACAUGAGUGAAAAAUUUGGAAUAACACUGCAAAAGCAGCAGCCUUUGGUCAUUAUGCUGAGCCGCAGAAAAUGA